AUGUUAUUUUUUUCUAUUGCAGAUGUCAAGGCAAGGAAUAAUUUUGCUUGUAUUAAUUUUGUUGUCAGUGUGGACAGUUACAGGCAAGUAAAAUUAUGAUUCGUUGGUAUUGUCGUCCUUUACGUUUUUUUCUUUGCUCUGUUAUGUAUUAACAAAUUAACCAGCUAGAAGUGUAGCACAAAACAAUUCAAAAGCAAAGUUUGGGCAAACACAUUUUUAGUUUAAAUGAUAAUAAAUGUGCAAGAAUUAAUUUUUGGUUGACAAGUAAAUGUUGGGGGUAACUUGAAACGUUCUAAGGCGAUAGAAAUACUGGAAUUGUUGUUAUAAUUAUAUAUAAAAAUAUUACUCCAUAUCUGCUUAUUUUCUUGUAGCUUGUAGAUUAGACGCUGCUGACUGCUAUAAUCCGUAUCGGAAAUCUACCGACUGAUAACCCUGGACAUAAAUCGUAUUAAUGCAUCCUUCCAUUUUUUUAAACAGGUUAUUAUUUUUAAUGAAUGAAAGAGCAGGCCACUGAGAUAAAAAAAGGGGUCAUUAUAACGAAUAAUAACCUACUCUUCGAUUUCAGUGGCCACAAUAAUGACCUGCUGGUUCUAAAACAAUUGAAAGGUGCAUUCAAUAGGAAAAUGACCUCGCUCAUCAGCCUUCUGCUGCUGCUUUGUAAGAAGGCCUCGGGUCAAGCAUUAUCCUGUAUAUAUUACAUUGCAUCUUUACGUAAUGUAUUACUAACCUUUUUUACUGUUUUCUUCAAAAUUUGUAAGAUGAUCUAGGACGGCUUACCCUGUCCAUUCAUAAAGCUCCGUCACUAAAUCUCAAGGCUUUCUUUAAUUGCAUAACUUUCAGAGCCUCGCCUUAAACCAAACAAGCUUCUUGAUUAAGCACUAUAUUUUUUCAUCAAAAAUGUCCUUUAUUAAAAAAAUGAGUCUUUUAUCAGAGUCUGUUAAUUUCCCGUAUUCUGAAAACGUAAAACCGACAAAAAUUUGCAUUCAACUACGAUGGAUCCAUGUUUUGUGUCAUUCAGCUCAGAGGUUGCAUUUGAUUGACUCUUUGCAUGUGAUCGAGUUUUUGUCUCUCAACCAGGGGGGGUGGGGAAGGUAACUCUAUUGUUUUCCAUCUACGCUUCUUGACCCACUCCGCCCCCCAGUAUGACGUCACAUAGUAACGGGCAAGUGCCUCGGGUCGCUUGUGCAAAUUAGCAAGGGAUACGACAGUUAUUUGGACGGGCGUGGUCGAGGAAAAGCUAAGAAGCUAGCAAAUAUCGUUAUAUAUCGCUUAUUUGAUCGAAUGUGUCUGAGCUUUGGUGUUGCUGUAAUCUGCUUGUGUAAACCGUUUUGAUAUUUUGUGUCCGUGAUUGUAUAAUUUUGUUAAUUUGUUUUGCGGGCCGUGUUGCGGGAUCGCCAUCUAUUUCACGGGACCGGCAAGGUCAUCAAAAGUUAAAUCUUUAUUUUCUCUAAAAUAGACAAGGUCUAGUCUCCAGAAUAGGAGGUUCCAUUCACAGAUCACACAUGUUUAUAUCUCAUCUAUUCUUUUGCUAAUGAAACAGGCCUAACUUCAUAUCAUUCCUUUCGAGUGUGGGCCUCUGUUGAUAUCCUAAUUCUCCACCAAAAAAAUUCAGUAAAGCUAGUUCGAUCGCUUAUCUACAUGGAGUCGGCCCGUAGAACCGGAAAUAAUGCGAAAUAGCUUUGAAAUACGUGCUUAAGCUAAUUUUCCUCAAAUGUAUAUUUGAAUUCAUGAUAAAUACAGCUCCACCAGCUUCAAAUAGCGUCUAUGGCAGAGACUCAGAAUUGUUUUGAUAUGACAAAAUUAAUUUUUUAAAUCAUGUGUGUCAUGUGGUGCAGUGGUCAUAGACGAGGAGUUGCUUGCCCGUGUAAACCGGGUUCGACUCCCAGCGACGCUGUUUUCUGUUUCUUUGUACCGUUCUUUUUUUUCUUUUUUCUUUUUGGUCUUUUUAUUUUAACACUAUUUUUCCCUUUGGCCUUUUUUUCUUUAUUCUUACUGCUGACCGUGCUGGUCAUGCACUUGGAUCAAUUAAAUGACAUCAAUGUCAAUGGCGUUAACCUUUGGAAGUACGUCGAUGACACAUCGAUGGCCGAGACAGUCCACAAGGGCCAACCAAGUGCAAUCCAAUUUGCUGUAGACGACCUAGUUAGGCAAGCCGAAAUAGAUAAGUUCCAAUUGAAUGAGACCAAGUGUAAAGAGUUGCAGAUAAGUUUCUCAAGGUCUGUAGAUCCUUUCGAAGCAGUUACUAUUAACAACAAACCAAUUGAGGUUGUAACUAGCGCAAAACUUCUUGGUCUCACAAUUUCAAACAAUCUAAAGUGGAACGCUCACAUAGAGAAUGUUAUCAAAAAAGGAGCCUCUAGGCUAUAUCUUUUAAGGCAGCUUAAGCGUGCAAAAGGAGAUCCUGCGCAGCUACUUUGUUUCUAUACUACGUGUAUCCGGCCCAUGUCUGAAUAUGCCUGCCAAGUUUUCCACAAUGGUCUGCCUGAGUAUCUCUCUGAAGAGCUAGAGAAAAUUCAGCGCCGUGCACUUAGAAUUAUUUUCCCAGAUUUAGGCUAUCAAGAGGCUCUAAAAGAGUGCAAUAUUGCCACCCUCCACCAACGGCGCCAAUGGCUGACAGAGCGCCUAUUCAAUGAGAUUAAGGACAACAGCCUCCACAAAUUACAUGGCCUUUUGCCGCCACGUAAUCUUAGUAUUGUAGCCUUAAGGAGAAAGCGCGCUUUUAACGUACCUCCUUGUAGAACAAAUAGACUAAUGAAUAGUUUUAUCAUGCAUAACGCGGCUAUUUUCUAAUGGUUUUAUUGUAAAUUCGCGGCUAUUUUCUUAAAUUUCAUGACGUAGUAUUUUGUUCCUUUGUUUUAUUUUUUUACUGUUAUUUAUUUAUAAUAGUUAGUCUUAGUAUUCAACGCAUUUUACAGUCCGUAAUCCAGCCCUUGGGCUGCAAUGGAUUUUUAAUAAAGCUAUCUAUCUAUCUAUCUAUCUAUCUAUCUAUCUAUCUAUCUAUCUAUCUAUAUUUUAAGCUUAAGUCCGGAGUUUUAUUUGGAAAAGGGAUUUUUAAAGCUCUUGACCUGCAUAUUGGCCAAGCUUACGACCAGAAAAAAACCAUAAGCUGCCAAUAACUGUGCCGUCUGAAACAGCUAAAUUUUUUCAAUGUUAGGUGACAUCUUGACAAACAACACACAGUACACCACAAACUGUACUAAUUUACACCCAACACGUACCCACCAGUGACCCACUGGCAAAAGUUAAACUUGCCUUUUGCACAUCGUCUUAAUCAUCAGUAUUAUUACCCUAAAAUCUCCGCUGGGUUUGCCCCCAAAAAAGAAUUAAACGAAACCUUUUAUUGGUUUUCGGGAUUUAAUUACAGAAUUACAGGUGUAUGCCCAAUACAGUAUUAAAAUGCGGUAAAGCAACAAGAUUCAAUGCUCACAGUCUCUUACAAAUACCUGUCAUUUAGCUUCGUCUUUCAACGCUACAGCCAAGCAGACUUUGAGAGGAAUGAUAUGGGGUUCCACUGUCUCUGAAGAGUUGAAAAUACGCACAAUGUAAAGUAUAAUACAUCCUUUGAUGAACCUCCUAUUUGUGUGUCUAAACUCCUCAAUCUUGCUGUGUACUGGCCCUCAAAAGUGUGACCGGUCGGUAUGAUUGCCCGUAAAAUUUGCUCGACGAUAAAAAGGAAUCUUUAAAAUUCAUUACACCACUGGACAUUUCAUUCCAAAAAAUUACUUAAGUCUAGUUUUCUAUGACCAUAGAAACCUUAAAAUCUCCAAAUCCAAGAAAUCGGAACAGUAUUUCCGUGAUAAAAUCGAAAUUUUUAUCCUUCUCUUCGAUGGACACUUUGCUCGCCAUUUUGAAAGUCACUGACGCAAGACGCGUGACGUCAUACUGGCAGGUGCACUGUACCACAGAUUUCCUUGGAGACACCUCCCCCCCUGCUCUCAACCAAUCUCCUUACCAAUGGCGGUGUGUACGGCUACUUUUUAUAGAACUGACACUUAGACAAACAAAUGAGUCCUAAGUCAUUGGAGUAUAAUAUUUGUCUGACUCUUCCAAAAAUGAAACAAGUGAAACAAACAUUGCAAACAUCGUUUGUCUCUCUGUAAGAGACCCAGUGAAACCCUGUCCAGUGGCUCAAUUCAGUCUAUCCGGUGAUAAUUUAUCCUCCCUGAUACCUGACGAAUAGUUCGUUUCUACCCGAAUAAUUUCCCCCCCCCCCCCCCCCCCCCCCCCUUAUUAAUUUUUGCCGUGUUCAUUCAAAAAUAAAAAAUUGUAAUAAAUAAUUCGAAACUACUUGUGUAUCUUUUUAAAGAGCCCAGUGGACCCCUUACCGUUGGUAUAAUCCACGUUAUCCGGUGGAAAUUUACCUCCCUAGAUCCCUGCAGAAUUUUUUUUUCGUACCCAAUUACUUGCCCCCCCCCCCCCCCCCCCACCACUUUCUAUCGUUGCUUCUACAAAAUCAGUGUAUUUCUUCAUUCAUAUUUGUUUAAAAGAAGCAAAAAUCUAAAACAUAGUUACCAUUGACAAAAAAAAAGGGUUUUCAAAGGUUUCAUACCGGUAAAGAUGUAGGGCUGUCACCCCUUUUAGGUUUUAUGAGUGAUACAAAACUAAGAAGAAAAACGCAGUGGAAAAUAAACCAACCCGGUGACAUUUUCUCUGGUAAACCGGUGAAAUAUAGAUUUUACUGCAUGGGUAUGUUAAAAAGGGGUGUUCAUCAGAUCAUUAGCCGAUAUAAUAGCGAUCAUAAUAAUCCGGCUUCUCAGCAGUGCUAUGGAACCGAAGAGGGUUCUUAUUAGUUAUAACGUGUUAAGCGUUAAAAGUUAGCCUGUCAAGAGAGUAAAGUUUGUGAGUUUUUGUUUUAAACAUUGAUUUUCGCACUUCUAUUUGCAGUUGUCAACUCUGAAGCAUGUUCCUUUGCUGUUAACGGAUCCAGUGGGUUCAUCAGCUUUAGCAGUGAAACCAAUAAAUUCUGGCAUUGUACGUGGAUCAUCACAGCACCAUCCAACCACACUGUCAAACUGAUAUUUACGACGUUUCGUCUACCUAGAUAUUAUUCCUUGGUUCAAGUCUAUGAUGGAAAAAGGACAUAUGAUCCCGUACUAGGAGUUUUUACUGGAACAAGACAACCCUUCCUCAUACAAACAAGUGGUCGAUUUAUGAUGCUGACUUUAAACAGCUGGUGUUGGUCGACCCUUUGUAUCUUUAAAGGAGCAUAUUACACGACAGAAGGUAAGCGAUAGUAAGUUAUCAAAACGACAAAAUAAGAACUCAAUAAGAAAGCUAAUUAGCUCAUCAUUAUAAUGAAUUUGACUAAUGGCCCGGCUCACGGGUCGCGGGUCGCGGAUUAUAUGUCGCGGGUGCGGGUCGAAAGUCGCGGGUGGAAAAUUUUGCGUAAAAUUCAAGUUAGAGUUCGAGGUAAAUGACUAAAAAUGACUGAUAAUAUGUAGGUAAUAACUCCUUUAAGCCACUAAAAAGAAUCCUCCUUUUGAGGGAGGGUCUAGGUAAUUGAUAAAAAAUUUCACAACUCAAGCCCCUCGGUUGCAACCAACAGCCAAUUCACAGGUUACGAAUGUCAGAGUCAAUAUUAUCGUCUAAAGGAAAGAGCUAAAAGAAAAAUCGGGCCGAAUUAUGUUUCUUUCUUAUCGUAUAUCGGGCCCCGACGAAUAGUUACCUACUGCUCUAUUUCAGUGACCCAGGUAAGAAGAUGCUGGGUAAGUUUAUACAGAUGAAUUCACCUGUCAAAACUUUGACCAGUCUGAGAUUGCAUUGGUUCUAGAGCGUGAACAAACGCGUGACCAAGCUAAAAGCACAUCUUUCAAACUUUAUUUGUGAAAGUUUUUUUUUGUCCCUAGUUAAACAAACAGAAUCCAAGAUCUUUAUUGGAAUAUUCUCCUUUAUAGCAAUGGAGGCUCCACCACACGUGUAUGCUGAGGCUCAGCUAAAAACUCUUGGGUUUCGUUGAGCGACGUGUUCUACAAUACAAAGAGUAUUCGCUUAUAUUUUUGAAGUAUUUUUGAAGUAGGUUAAAGCAACUCUAAUGUUGCUUGCAACCUGAUGUAACUUGAAAUCGGAAAUUGACUUUUUCAGAAAAGCCAAGGAUCAGGGUACCGUUGGCGGAGUGGCGAACUGUACCAAAUCAUUAUAUCUGGUUUCUGCUGGAAGGUACCCCACCAAUUAACUUGACCCUAGUGAAUACAUCAACAUCUUCGGAGGGCGGUUUCAUAACAAAAGGAUUUCAAAUAAAUCGGACGGGUACCUACAAGUACACUCUACUGGCAGAAAACAAUGAAGGAAAUGACUCAAAAACGGUUGACGUAACCGUUCUGGGUAAGAAUUCAAUGCUGUUAAAUUUCAUUCAAUGUAGAUGAGACAUUUUGCAAUUAACAACCAUAGUAGUUCGCACAAACAGUUGUGUUAAAUUUUGUCCUUAUUUUAUCUGUUGAUGAUUCAGUUCAUUUGGGUGAAAAAUGAAUGUACAAAGUUUUUGACUACUUGCUCUUGUUUCGCCAUUGUUUUGAACACGGGUAAUUUGAGUCCAUUUAGGUUUGUAAACAAUACGAAUUUACAAAAAUAUAAUGUUGGAAAUUUGGUCUCACCCUUACUCAAUAAGUAAAAAUGAAGAUUCGUUAUUAAUACUGUAUUAAUACAUAUAUAGAAGGGUACCGCUUUCUUGAAAAAUCUCCCCAUCAACUGCCUUAUUUUUACGGGAUUCAUUUUACAGAUUGCAAUCAUUGGUGUCGCAGUACAGGUUCGAUAACUUAUGGUCAAGUUACCAACGAACACAACUGUAGUGAGAGCAACAUAACACAUGACUGGAAUUGCAUUCCAACUACAACCACUAAAUUGUAA